GGUUGCGCCUGAAGAGAGCAGUGCUCCUAUUGGUUGGAGAUCACGCCGCAGCGCCGUGCGUACGCACAGCGGAAGGUGUGCCAUCAGCGGCCGUUGAAAAAUGGCGACUGUAACCGAGCUGAAAGCUGUUUUAAAGAACACCUUGGAAAAAAGGGGAGUGUUAGGACAUUUAAAAGCAAGGAUCCGUGCUGAAGUUUUCAAUGCCCUGGAUGAUGAUCAUGAACCCCGACCAUCAUUGUCUCAUGAAAACCUUCUAAUUAAUGAAUUAAUUAGGGAGUAUUUGGAAUUCAACAAAUAUAAGUAUACAGCCUCUGUCCUUAUAGCAGAAUCUGGUCAACCUGUAGUUCCAUUGGACAGACAGUUUCUCAUCCGUGAACUAAAUGCCUUUGAAGAAUCAAAAGAUAAUUCAAUUCCUCUGUUAUAUGGAAUUUUAGCCCAUUUCUUGCGUGGUCCUCCAGAUGACAUCCAGAAUGUGUUUCUGACAGAUUCAACACUCCAGCCUCCAAACAGGCAUCCCAGCUGGAAGCCCAACAGAAGACCAAAGGAUGACCACCUGAGGAAGGACACGGGGCCAAGCACCACGACUGAAGAGCUUCAUGCUGCUGUGCAAGCAGUCAGUAGAUGAUAUAUAUACCAGGCUGUCUGAUCUCAGCUGUGUAUGUGGAGUAACUAACUUAUUAUUCCCGAUACCAUCGAUUAGACCACCACAGUUUGUAAAUGUUUGAUAGUCUCCAUUUAGCCCCUCAAGUUUUACUGCAUCUAUGAAAAGCUAAUCCAUCAUCUAGCUUGCUAGAAGCUACUGGAGAAAAAAAUGUACUGUUUUCAGGAUUUUUUUUUGUUUUGUUUUGGUUUUUUUGUUUGUUUUUCGAGACAAGGUUUCUCUGUGUAGCUUUGGCUGUCCUGGAACUCAGUCUGAUCAGGUUGUUGUGGCACUCACAGAGAUCCACUUGCCUCUACCUCUCAGGUGCUAAGAUUAAAGGUGUGCACCACCACCGCCAGGCCAGGAUGUACUUGUAAAGUUCCUUUUCUUUUUUUUUUUUUUUUUUCUUAAAGAUUUAUUUAUCUAUUAUAUAUAUACAGUGUUCUGUCUGCACAUAUCCCUGCAGGCCAGAAGAGGGCACCAGAUCUCACUACAGAUGGUUGUGAGCCACCAUGUAGUUGCUGGGGAUUGAACUCCGGACCUUUGGAAGAACAAGCAGUGUUCUUAACCUCUGAGCCAUCUCUCCAGCCCCUCUUUUUCCUCUUCUUUAGAGGCCAUCUCUAAGGGCUGUGAAUGUGCCCCCAGUAAAGCACUUGCCUUGCAUGUGUAGGUCCUGGGCUCAGUUGUAGCACUGAAAUAAAAUACAAGUACAGAUCUUUGUCCAUAUGCUCUGCUCAUUAAAAUUCCUUCAGCUAGAAGUAUAUAGACCUGUGGGAAAACCCAUUCAUGUUUUGAAAAGUAUUUCAAGGGCAUUAAAACCAGAACUUAUUCCUAUAAAAUUUGAUUUUUAAGAAAUAUCUCAAUUAUUGUCUGCCCUGGCUAGUUUUUCUCAGCUUGACAUAAGCUAGAGUCAUUUGGGAAGAGGAACUCUUAAUUGAGAAAAUCCCUCCACCAGUUUGGCUUAUGAGCAAGCCUGUAGUAUGUUUUCUUAUUAAUAAUUGACAUGGAGGGUGCAGCCCAUUGUGAGUGGUGUCACCCCUGGGCAGGUGGUCCUGAGCUCAGUAAGAAAGCAGGCUGAGAAAGCCAUGGGGAGCAAGCCAGUAUGUAGCACCCAUCUGUGGCAUUCUGCCCUGACUUCUCAGUGGUGGACUGUGAUGUGGAACUGUACACAGAAAUAAAACCUCUCCUUCCCAA